AAUUGCACUCAUGUAGUAAACUAGAACCCAGGCCCAGGGUAAUCCUAUAUAAACCAGGUGGUCUUUCAAACAAACUUUCAACUCAAGCUCCAUAACUGCUCUGCUCACCUGCCAUGGCUUCCACAUAUGUAUUCUCACCGGCACUGUUUUCGUUUGUGCUUCUGGUACUUGCCAUCAACACUGAGGCCGGAAAAAUCGCGAUAUAUUGGGGCCAGAAUGGAAACGAAGGAACAUUAGAAGCUACUUGCGCCUCAGGGAAUUACGGUUUUGUAAACCUAGCCUUUCUGCCGACAUUCGGAAACGGUCAGACGCCGGUAAUCAACCUUGCUGGACAUUGUGAUCCGUUCAGCAAUGGCUGCAGAAACCUAAGCGCCGAUAUCAGAUCCUGUCAAGCCAGAGGAAUUAAGGUGAUGCUCUCCAUUGGAGGGGGAGCUGGGAGCUAUUUUCUUAAAUCUGCGGAGGAUGCUAGGCAAGUUGCGACGUACCUGUGGAAUAACUUCUUAGGCGGCCAGUCGAGUGCUCGGCCGCUCGGCGAUGCGGUUCUGGACGGAAUCGACUUCGAUAUUGAAGGAGGAACCACGCAGCACUGGGAUGAGCUUGCGAGGUAUCUUUCUGCGUACAGCAAUGGCGGAAAAAAGGUGUAUUUAACUGCUGCCCCGCAAUGCCCUUUCCCGGACGCCUGGAUAGGAAACGCACUCGCGACCGGCCUUUUCGACUACGUUUGGGUCCAAUUCUAUAACAAUGCCCCUUGCCAAUACACGCCUGGUAAUAUUAACAACCUUGUGAAGGCCUGGAACCAGUGGAACUCCAUCCCAGCAGGGAAGAUAUUCCUAGGGUUGCCUGCAGCGCCUGCCGCAGCCGGAAGCGGUUUCAUUCCUGCGGAUGACCUCAAGUCUAUAGUGCUUCCUGCAAUUAAGAGUUCUAGCAAAUAUGGAGGUGUAAUGCUCUGGUCUAGGUACUAUGAUGUUCAAACUGGAUAUAGUGCAGCCAUCAAGAACUCUGUAUGAGUUUGGAUCGGAAUCCAUGCCCUUGUGCAGUAGUAUUAUAUUUCCACUGUGUGUAUGUGAGCAAUAAAAGUUCAAAUUAUGUUACGACUGAUAAUGAACUGGAUCUAUCACCUUUCGAUCA